CUUCUGCUGACUGUUGGUGAGCGUUUGACAACGUUGAGCUCAACAAUGAUAACAAAUCUUAUAUAAAGAAAAUAUAAUGUUUUUAAAAUAAGUCGUAAUCAGAUCGAAAAUGAAUAUAUCAGCUUUUUCUGAGAGUCAUUUUGAUCCGAAGGAGUGGAUCAAUGAGACUUUCCGAUCCCCCGAAGCCUUGGAAAACAAAGAGGCUUAUUUGACUUCUGUUGUGAGUAAACUUCAGCUUUAUGUACAGCAAGUUAAUGGAGCAAUGGAAGAAACUAGUGAACAUGUGCUUAAAAGUAUGCCAAGGGUUAUUCAUGAUGCAAAUAUGAUUCACAAAGAGGCCUUACUCCUCAAAGAAAAAAUGCAACUGGUUAAGGAAGAAAUUACAAAAAUUCAAAAAGAUACGGCAGCAUCAAUGGCCGCUUUGGAAAAGCUCGACAAAAUGAAAACCGAGCUUCAAGUUGCAAAGCAGGCCUUACACGAAGCUGACAACUGGACAAUGCUGGCUUCUGACAUCGAAGACGUGAUUGAGUCACGCAAUAUUGACGCUAUAGCAAGUAAAGUCAUAAGCAUGCAGCAGUCUUUGGUGGUUUUGGCAAACUGCGCCGAUUUCGAUGACAGGAAAUUAAAGCUUGAAAGUUACAAGAAUACUUUAGAAGCAAUCGCUAGUCCUCAAGUGGUUAAAGCAUUCACCUCAAAAUCAAUAGAGGAGUCGAAAAAGUUUGUAGAAAUAUUCUCUGGUAUGGAAAAACUCCCACAACUUAUCAGGUAUUAUGCCAAGUGUGAGAAAGACUCCCUGUGCCAAGAGUGGACCAAGCUAGUCGAUUUUGACCAGGACCGUACCGUUUUAGAGUGGCUUUCCAGCUUCUAUCAUACGAUGUUAACUAACUGGCAAACACAGGGCAAGUGGUGUCAAAAGGUGUUCAAUAGCGUCAAUAUGCUCCCUGCUAUCUACAUUGACGUUUUAAUUACACUUGAAAAAGACAUGGUUUCUGCAAUUGAUUUGGCAGUGAAACAACACCAAGACCAACUCCAGUUUCUUAUCCAGCUGAGGGAAGUUACAGAUCAGUUCAGUCAGAGUUUCUCUAAUGCGAUCUCCCAAUUUGACGUGAAUGCCGAAGAAGCCUGGCCUCAGAUUGAAAAAGCACUUUAUACAAUAUACAAAGGUUACUUUUCAAAUUAUGCUUCUUACGAAGAGCACCAACUCGGGAAAGAAGUGUCGGAUCUGGUCAUAAAUGGUGAUCUCAUAGAAGCUGUACAGGGCGUCGGGCAAUCAACAACACUUUUUGCCAACAGUUGCAACAAAGCAAUAGCCAGGUGUAAAGAUCUGACCAAUUUUGCCAGUUUUCCUGGCUUGGUCUCUGCAAUACAGUUUAGUGUGUUGAAACACUUGGAACACUAUGUAACCCUGCUCUCUCAGAUUGAAGUUGAAAGGCAAAACAAGGAAGAAUGGGCGAUGUUUCAAAUUUGUCUGUUAUACCUGCAGAAUAUUGGUGAUUUUCAAAAUUGUGUUGAGGAGUUGGACAAGGAUCUUGUGCACAAAUUUCUCCACUUUGAAAAAUCGGCGAAAGAAUCGAAGUUUAAAUCUAAAGAAAUAUUGUUAGACAAACAAGCCUUGGAGCAGUAUAUAACAUUGUACACUUCGCUCAAAGAAAGCGAUGAACCAUCGGUUCUAACCAAAGCGAGAAAGAAAUUAAUGAAGGUAUCCAAUAGAGGAUAUCAUACCACUCUUGAUGUCAUGUUAACGCCGAUCUUGGAUCAAUUGGAGCUCGCCCCCGCAGCAUGGGCUUCCAAUUCGAGCGUCACCCAACAGCUCCCUGACUAUAGCUACGCUCCUCUUGAAUAUAUCACUCAGAUUGGGGAGUAUUUAAUGACUCUUCCUCAACAUUUAGAGCCAUUCCUUAACAAAGAAGGUGGCGAAUCACGUGCUGAUCUCCUCUUGGGUAACAUAGCCAAACAGACUUGCACAAUUUACAUAGAACACUUGUUGUCAACAAAAGACGUUACUCCUAACAUGGCAAAGCAGAUUGCAAUUGACAUUGGAUAUCUUGGAAAUGUUUUGGAAGAUCUGGGUUUCAGCCUUUCCGAGCAUUUGUCCCAAAUUGCUUUGCUACUCAAGAUCCCUGUAGAAUCAUACCAGAAGGAAAGCGCAGGCUGUUCUGCCAAACUUGUGUCAAUUGUUAGGCAAAUGAGGAAUAUAACUUCUACCUAACUUUAAAAUUUGUGAAUAUACUGUUAAUUUAAAAAUAUAAUUUUAUAUAUCAAUUUA